GGAAGCGGCGCGGGUGGCACCGGAAGUGGCGAGUAUCCCGCGCGCGGAUGGCGGCGGCGGUGAUGGCGGCGGCGGGCGUUGGAGGGGCUGGCGCGGCCCGCUCCCUCUCGCGCUUCCGAGGUUGCCUGGCUGGCGCGCUGCUCGGGGACUGCGUGGGCUCCUUCUACGAGGCCCACGACACCGUCGACCUGACGUCAGUCUUGCGUCACGUCCAGAACCUGGAACCGGACCCCGACACGCCCGGGAGCCAGCGGACAGAAGCCUUGUACUACACAGAUGACACAGCCAUGGCCAGAGCCCUGGUGCAGUCCCUGCUAGCCAAGGAGGCCUUUGACGAGGUGGACAUGGCUCACAGAUUUGCUCAGGAGUACAAGAAGGACCCUGACAGGGGCUAUGGUGCUGGAGUAGUCACUGUCUUCAAGAAGCUCCUGAACCCCAAAUGUUGCGAUGUCUUUGAGCCUGCCCGGGCCCAGUUUAACGGGAAAGGCUCCUAUGGCAAUGGAGGUGCCAUGAGGGUGGCUGGUAUCUCCCUGGCCUAUAGCAGUGUCCAGGAUGUACAGAAGUUUGCCCGGCUCUCAGCCCAGCUGACACAUGCCUCCUCCCUGGGUUACAAUGGCGCCAUCCUGCAGGCCCUGGCUGUGCACCUGGCCUUGCAGGGGGAGUCUUCCAGCGAGCACUUUCUCCAGCAACUCCUGGGCCACAUGGAGGAGCUGGAGGGAGAUGCCCAAUCCGUCUUGGACGCCAGAGAAUUGGGCAUGGAGGACCGUCCGUACUCCAGCCGCCUGAAGAAGAUUGGAGAGCUUCUAGACCAGGCGUCGGUGACCAGAGAAGAAGUGGUGUCUGAGCUAGGGAAUGGAAUUGCUGCCUUCGAGUCGGUGCCCACUGCCAUCUACUGCUUCCUGCGCUGCAUGGAGCCGGACCCUGAGAUCCCCUCUGCCUUCAAUAGCCUCCAGAGGACUCUCAUCUAUUCCAUCUCACUUGGUGGGGACACAGACACCAUUGCCACCAUGGCGGGGGCCAUUGCUGGUGCCUACUAUGGGAUGGAUCAGGUGCCAGAGAGCUGGCAGCAAAGCUGUGAAGGCUAUGAGGAGACAGACGUCCUGGCCCGGAGCCUGCACCGUGUCUUCCAGAAGAGUUCAUGAGAGCCACAGCUGCUGGGGCUCUGCCAAGUCCCCGGGGACCAACUACAGCUCAGAUCAACAGAAACCCUGAGCUUCCUUGAGUGUGGCUCCCCACCCUUCCUGCAUUGUGGAGCUGAGUGCACCAGUGGGGCUGGGGUCUCUUCAGGGGAGGUCACUGGAACAGCGAGCAUGGGACUGGUGCUUCGCUGUUGCUGGCUGUCUGGUUUGCUGCAGGGCACUCCCGCUCCUCAGUAGGACAGAGGGGUCCAGGCGCGUUUAUCUUGGAGGGGUACUGAUGGCAUGUUCCUGUAUUAUCUUGCAGAUGUGACGUGGGGAGGUGGAAAUGAUGUGCAGUAGCAUCAUUUCUCCCUGUUGGGUUUUGCCAGUUUCCAGCAAGCGCAUCCUAGCAGGGCCCCCGAGCAGCAGGUUGUGUGGAUGAAGGGACAGGCGCAUGCAUCCAGCUGAUCUAGGUCACACCUGGCUCUUGGCUGCCAUGUGGGUUAUUAACAGCUUCCAGUGGAAGUCGCAGCAAUAAACAGUUUUUGGUAAAUCUCA